AUGUUUUACACUCUUAAUGGAACCGAUGCGAUUCUUUUUUGGCCUUAACCGGUGCCAUAUGCGGUGAAGUAGUGAUUUCCCACCAAGUAGAGCUAAAAAGCGUGCUCUUUUGAGUCAAAACGCAUAAGUUUGGAACCACSAAAAAUACAACAACAUCACCCUUAUCACCGUACUAAAGUUGAACCGACGCUGWAUAAAUACAAACUGCUACGAUAUUCCGCUAAAGGACUCGAYCACUCUGUUUGGAUAUUUGGAUCUCUAUCUUUUGUCUAAAGAAAGUGGCUUCGGACACAAACUCAGGAUUGAAUUUUAUAGAGGAUUUCUGAAWAAAAAUCCGAAUUGUGCGGGUUAGACUUGCGGGAUCAAUUGAGGACACAUUGUGGUCGUAAUAACCUAUCUCAGUGGUACCAAGAACUAUCGUUAACCUGCUAUUUUACAAAAUACGGAACCCGUUGUUGGCAGAAAUACCAGCUAGAGGUGUCGAUUGGCCACUUUCCAGAAUGGCUUUUCAGUUUGGAAGCACGACACGACUUCGGCAUAUGAACUAUCCCGAAAAUCAACCCCGCGUCUCCACGCAGUGGGACCAAACGGACAGAAAUACUCUAUCGCCGUUACAUAAAAGCGCGGGGUUGACUCUCGAAGGGACUGAUGAGAGCACUCUUAGAAGCCAAGAGCUUGAUAAAGCGAACAGUUUAGUUGGAAAUCAUCGGAAAGACGGAUUAACAGUGAAUCUCUCCAACUACCGAGCCGACAACGCAUCAGGAAAAAUCGCUAACAAAAGUAUAACAAUACAGACGAAUUAUUCGACACACCAUUUAAUAUCUCGGGGAAUAUCAACAACAUCAACACACAACCCCGCGCAAGGCAUAGAGAUCGAUGUUUUGGAGUCGUUUUCCGAGUUUGCAGCWUUUUUAGAGAUUCAAAAUCCAAUUUGCCCGGCGGAACAUUUAGACACGCCAGAGAAACUUAUGAGCGUAUUAUCGUGGGAUGUGUGGGUGCAAUAGAAAAAAACUUACUGCAGGUGAUAAAGUCAACAAUGUGACGAUGAAGAUUUGAACAUAUUCAGGAUAUAUAUACCACUGUAUUAUAAGGACUAUAGCAUGCUUACAUGCAUUGCAUUUUUAAGGUUUUAUAGGCAUAUAUUUAUAGAUAAAACGAUUAGAAUCAUAGGGUACUGUUGGCUUGAUCAUUUUUCAAGAUAAUCGCGUUUAUUGUAAAAAGCUGAGCACUUUAUUAAAAAGUUAUUAAACCCUAAAGAAAAAAAUGCCUUAURUAUGUUAAUAUCACAGUAUGUCAGGUUCGCUUUCAAAUAAAAUGGGAAUUCAGAUUUAAAACAUUGAAAAAU